CUGAAGUGCAUUGUCAGAACUUUACUGUACCACCCACCAUCACGACCUUGCCAAGUUGCUACACCUCCUGUGGCAAGCCGCAACCCUCUCUGAAGGCCCUUUGGGCCUCUGGACUCACCAAGCCCUAGAAUCUCAGACCACAUGCCGAAUGCCGAGUCUCCCGCCCCUGAAUGAAACCCUUCCAAAAUCAAUAAACCCCCAAUUUUGACAGCACGCCCAGCAUGAACCGCACACGGUCCGAUCCUCUAGAUCCAAUCAUCGAGCUGCUCACCACAUACAAUGAGCUCAACUCUUCGCGAAUCGACGAGCUGUCAGAAGUGCCUUCGGCUUUGGAGUUCAUGAGAUAUGUGCGUCUUAACAGACCGUUUGUGGUGCGUGGUGGAGCGAAGGAUUGGAGCGCUACGCAGACCUGGGAUAUCAAGAUUUUGAAGGAGUUGCUAGAAGGGCAGACUGUUCAAGUUGCAGUGACACCUGCGGGAAACGCCGAUUCGCCAACACGAAACGCAGAAGGAGAGCUCAUCUUCGUCAAGCCCUGGGAAGAACAGCAAACCUUCUCCUCAUUCAUCGAUUUCAUCUCCUCACAGGAGCUGCACUCCUCCCCGUCCGUCCCAGAAGUCCGCUAUGCACAAACCCAAAAUGACAACCUACGCAACGAGUACGCAACUCUCUUCUCACACGUUGAGAAAGACAUCUCUUGGGUGAGGAUAGCGCUCCAAGAGGAGCCUGAAGCUGUCAAUCUCUGGAUCGGUAACUCGAGAUCCGUGACCGCGUUGCAUAAGGAUAAUUAUGAGAACUUGUAUGUCCAGAUUUGCGGUGAGAAGAAAUUUUGUUUAGUGCCGCCGCUGGCCUAUGCAUGUGUGGCCGAGCGAGAGUUGAGACCUGCUGCUUAUGUACGGAAAGAGAAUGGAUCAUUAGAAAUCCAGGAGGAGGAAGGCGACAAAGUUCCCUUCCCAACGUGGGAUCCGGACGGUGGUGGCCAAGAGACGAAGUACUCUCAAUAUGCGCAGCCAAUUCGCGUUACAUUGCAUCCUUCAGAUAUCCUUUAUCUUCCUGCUCUGUGGUAUCACAAAGUAUCUCAAUCCACGAACGAAGAGGGAAUUUGUUGUGCUGUGAAUUACUGGUAUGAUCUGGAAUGGGGAGGAAGCUUCUACCCUCUGUGUAACUUUGUGAGGAGUGCUGGGAUAGCCGCUCUG